UCCGCUAAAAUUGUUUCAAUAUCAGAAAUACACUUUUAUUCCAGAUGGCGCCAAUUGGACCACAAAAGAAGAGGAGCAGAAAGAAAACAUAAUGAAGCACAAUUAACGAUUGCAUUGAAAUAGGUUGGUUUCACGUGACGUCAAGCUGCUGCAUCGCGAGAGCGCGAAAUUCAGAUGGAGGGCAGGAAGUAAAAUAGCUGAGGAUCUUCCAGUGCCGACGGAAAAAAUGCCAAUGUUUUGUGUAGUUUACGGAUGCUCCAAUCGUUCAAAUCGAGAAAAGGGAAAGGGAUUUUACAGAGUACCAAAGAUUGUCACUCAUAAAGGUGAGAAAUGUAAAAAGCUCACAGAAGAACGCCGUAAAAAGUGGAUUUUUAACCUACGUCUGCGGUCGGGAGGAGCAGAGUCUGUUAAUGCCCGUGUCUGCAGCGACCACUUCGUCAGAGGCAGCCCUAGCGCUUUGGGUGACGUUGAGUCGGUAGAUUGGGCUCCGACGGUCAACCUUGGGUACCAAAAAACUAAACCCAAAUCUGAGGCGUCUCUUAAACGAGAGCAGAGGAUGAAGCUCAAGGAAGACCAACAAAAACGGUCGGAAUGUGCAGAGGCUAUGUUAGAUCUGACACAGACAGAUGAGAGCCCAGAUCUGACACAGACAACCGAAAGCUCCAAACCGCAGCAGCCAGCUGACAACAACCCACAAUCAGAGGGGAUCAGUGGGAAUGGGACACUAAAUGAUCAAGGUUAUGUAGAUGCCGGAUGCCAGACUGAGCUAACAAUGGAUGACAUUGAGAAGAUGGAGGAUGUUCAGAGACAAAACACAACAGAGCUGGGAGAUCUUCGAGCCAAAGCAAUGGACACACAGUUCAACAAGGAGUCUUUUGAAAAAAACGAAGACAAGACAAGGUUCUACACGGGGCUCCCCAACUUCUUAGUUUUAAUUCAGAUUUUUGAGCUGUGCAAACCCUACAUCAGCUGUGGUCCUAUGUCUGUGCUGUCUAAAUUUGAACAGUUCAUUUUAGUUUUGAUGAAGCUGAGACUAAAUCUCCCGCUGAAAGAUUUAGCUUUCAGGUUCAAAAUCUCUCUGCCAACUGCUUCUAGAGUUUGGCAUAAAGUAAUAGACAUACUUCAUGAAAGGUUGGAAUUUCAAAUUGAGUGGCCAGAGCGACAUGUUCUUCAAGCUACAAUGCCAAUGGGAUUCAGACAGGCAUUUGGAUGUAAAGUUGCUGUGAUAGUUGACUGUUUCGAAGUUUUUAUUGAGAAGCCCUCUAAUUUACUAGCUCAAGCACAAACGUGGUCAAACUACAAGCAUCACCAUACUGUAAAAUUUCUGAUUGGUGUUGCACCCCAAGGCUAUGUCACUUACAUAUCUUGUGCCUGGGGAGGGAGAGUCAGUGAUAAACAGAUCAGGAUAGAGAGUGGCCUCCUAAAAAACCUGUUGCCUGGAGAUAUUGUCCUAGCAGACCGUGGGUUCAAUAUUGGUGAUAGUGUGGGAUUUUACUGUGCUUCACUACAGAUACCUGCAUUUACCAAGGGGAGAAAACAGCUGUCAGCGUAUGAGGUGGCAGACACAAGAAAAAUAGCAAAUUUGCGUAUUCAUGUUGAGAGAGUUAUCGGUUUAGUCAGAAGAAAAUAUCAGAUUCUGCAAAGCAGGGCUAUGCCCAUAGAGCACAUGGCAACAAAACAAGGUGAGGCACUAGCAUUGAUUGACAAGAUUGGGGUUAUUUGCUGUGUCUUGUCUAAUCUGUCGGAGUCUGUUGUCCCAUUGGAGUGAGGGAUAGGGAUAAUAAUAAGUCACUCCAGUACCUGAGCCCUCACACAUGUAGUGUCCAAUACCUGAUCCCUGCUUCUUGGCUCUGAUGAUAAGAGGACAGGGAAAUACUAGUGAAAUACUAGUGACUAGGGCUAGUGACUAGUCCAAUUGUACUGGCUAGAUGUAUUAUAUGUAAUAAAAUGGAUUCUAAUCUGUUAUUGCACACCAUGUUCUUAUAAUAACAAUUGUUGAAAAAUGUAAUCUUGUAAAUAAACCACCAUUUAUAAUUCUGUCA